ACUGUCAGCCAUGGCUGUGCUCGCUCUCUGCCUCCUGUGGGCCUUAACGACAGCAGUACAGCCUGCUCCAGUAGCUCCUCUGGGGGGCCCAGAGCCAGCUCAACAUGAAGAGCUGACCCUGCUCUUCCAUGGGGCUUUACAGCUAGGCCAGGCCCUCAACGGUGUGUACAGAGCCACAGAGGCACGUCUGACAGAAGCUGGACGCAGCCUGGGCCUCUUUGACCGAGCCCUGGGACUCCUGGGAACAGAGGUCAGUCAUGGCCGGGAUGCAACACAGGAGCUACGCACCAGCUUGUCGGAGAUUCAGGUGGAAGAGGAUGUCUUACACCUUCAAGCAGAGGCCACGGCCCUAUCGCUGGGAGAAGUGGCCCGGGCCCAGCAAGCUCUAUGGGACACUGUACGGAGACUCCAAGUCCAGCUGAGAGGUGCUUGGCUGGGCCAGGCCCACCAAGAAUUUGAGACCUUAAAGGCUCGAGCUGACAAACAGAGCCACGUUUUGUGGGCUCUCACGGGCCACAUUCAGCGACAGCAGAGGGAGAUGGCCGAGCAACAGCAGUGGUUACGACAGAUCCAGGAGAGGCUCCACACGGCAGCCCUCCCGGCCUGAGCCUGCCUGGAUGCCACUGAGAACCAGUCACGCCGCUAGGAACAUUGAACGUGAUCCACAAGGGCCCUGAGCAGGGCAGACAGAGCCGGCUGCCCGCCGGCUGGGCUUGGCCAGUGCACUCCGCUUCCUGACAGAGAGCGGAGACAGGAGCAAGCAGGCGGGAAGGAAGGCAGAAGACAGAGCCCUGCAGAAGAGGGCUGGAGAACGUACACGAGUCCCUUCGUGCCCCCACACACCACAAUAAACAGAACAGAGGUUA